AUGGACCACCUGCCGUUGCCGCAAGACCCGACAUUUCCAACCCCGGAGACUCCAUAUCUUUCAUCGGAAGACUGGGACUUUGGCCCCUUCCGGACCUACUUGGACAGGAAAUACGGAAAUUUGGGCCUAUCCGAAUCGCCUCAGCUACCAACUGGCAACGGGCUCCUGACUCUUCCGUUGCAGCGCAUCUUUGACGCAAUACCAUCUGCCAAACUGCAGUCAUUUGUGCAGACAUGGCUCUACUUUGGUCUUUUGGCUGAAUUCCUGAGCCUCAAUGAGCUCGAAGAUGGAAGUCGUCUUGUCAGCCUGGACCAGGCUAAGGAUGAAAUGGCUGUACUCUAUCGUGAGUUUUCAAAGGAGGGCGAUGACCGCAAACUUCUCACAAGUGUUCCUGUCCUUGACAAAAGCGACCUCUUCACUGAGCGAGUAAGGCUGGCCGGGGAGCUCGCGCCGCGCUUCCACCACUUGCAUGGGUGCCUGACUCGAUCUGUGCUCAUAAUCAACAAUUGUUUCCAUCAGCUGGAUUUUUCUAUUCGCUACUCCAUGGCAGGCCUGGGGGAGCUAUUUAUGACGACUUUAUAUGCGAGUAGCCAUUUUGUAACCCCGAAAAUUGUGCUACCAUCUGCAGGAUUCAACUGGUUUAGAGACUACCUAAAGGCAGGAGGCAAUGUGGAAAAGCAAAUGCUCGGCGUUGGCUGGUGCCCGAGCGAGAUUGAGAAGCUGCGCAAUCUUUUUCAAGGUGUUUCAUCCCUUCACUAUGUCACGAGACUGCGGCCACGUACCGAACCUGGCGAUCAUGUCGACUGCACCGAUUAUGCCUGCCGCGCCUUUCAGAUUGACAUCGCAAAGUACAAACCACGUCAUGUCACCCAAGGUUGUCAAUGUGACGACGUGCAAGUGGACGAGUCUGAAUUGAUUCAGAUUUUAAGAAGGACCAAGUCAUAUCCCGUGCUGAAGAUUGAUACUGGAACGACAGACGGGGCAGAGACGGUGGACAUCACAAUGGAGACAUACGAACCAGGCAUGAACUGCUCUGCCUGGAUGCGGCGGCUCUGGACUCUGCAAGAGGCCAUUCUUCCAAACAAUAUCUGCAUUCAGUUUCAAGACAAGGCAGUUGCUUCCUUGGACUUGAUGCGCGAUUUAUACUUGGCGGGCAUGAAAGACAUGCGACUCCUGCGAAUCUGGCAGGAUCUUCUGAACGAAUUCAAUUUCCUGCAAAACUUCCAGGCAGCAAGCCGCAGCUUGGGAGACUCUUUCUUGAAUCCGCAGCUCGUCAUGUUGCAACGAGCGAUUCAUUUUCGAACGGUAUCGGUUCAGUCUGAUGAGCCUUUAUGCAUCGCUGUGUUGAUGUCCCUCGAGAUAGAAGGACUGACGUUUCUAACUGACGGGGAACAUCGCAUGGCUCGAGUCUGGGCAGCAUUGGCUGAGGCUCUAGGAGGGAUUUCCACUUCACUCGUAUUUUAUCUUGAAGAGACCUUGUCACUAAUUGGUUGGCGAUGGGCACCCAAAAGCCUCCUUGGGAGCCUUGGCGAAGAUUCUACUAUGGGAAUGGAUGAGCGAUCCCUUCGCUUCGCUGUUCCUCUACCUAUUACUCCCCUAUCACUAGGCAUACCAACUACAAGGGGGUUGCGCAUGAGGGCCCCUGGCGGCCAUCUGAGGGUAGCUCCGCUACGAGAGAAUUUUGGCGCGGAGCCGUGGAGGGGCGUCACGAAGAGGGUAAUCGAAGCUCAUGUGCUCAUCUAUCGCGAGUCGACAAAGGAAUGGUAUCGCAUAGCCGACUGGCAUCGCAGUCGCAAAUUGGGGUCGUGGUCUAACGAAGAGCAACAAGCGUACGAUGAAAAGCAACCUUGUCCCUUGUUCAACUGUAUCAAGUCCAACAAUGCCGCACUUAUCCUGAAGGACCUUGACGCGGGUGCCGAAGUCAUGGUCGGUAUUUUGGGAAAGGCACAGGAGUGCGUAGAUGAUGACGGCGAACAGAAAGCGGUGCUGUUCGAGCGCGAGCGCACUGUCAUGUGCUGGCGUCUGGGGCAGAGGGACCUUGCUCUGCUUAACAAGGUGAUAGCCAUUUCCAACAAGCUUGCGGAUGACCCAGUCACUGCAAACUUGCUGGCGUGUGGCGAGGAAGCCAGCCCGGAACGAGAAGAAUGCCUCGCCGAAGUCAAAAAGUGGUUGCAGACAACUGUUGCUCAAGAAUGGGAAAAUGAUCCCGAUUUUGCGCAACUGGUAGGUGAUAUUAUGGGGGGCGAUAUGGAAGGUUCGGUCUGGCCUUUGAUUGUGGUCGAAUACUCAAAUAUCAUUUACAUGAAGGAUUCGGCUGAGGACCAGGUUUGGUUCGUUGACUGA